AUGACAGAAUCGGAUAACGAAGCUAAUUUUGCGAAAUUUAUUUUGGCAAAAAAUCGAAGACAGCGAAAAUCGGGUGGUUGGCAGGUCUUAGGUCUUGAUUAUGGAAUUUUUAAAGGAAUCGAGAGGAAAGGCUAUAGGCAACCAACACCGAUUCAGAGAAAAACAAUUCCUUUAAUUAUCGAUGGAAAAGAUGUUGUUGCAAUGUCCAGAACAGGUAGUGGAAAAACAGCUGCGUUUGUUGUACCAAUGCUUCAGAAAUUGAAAGCUCAUGAUACUAAAGGAAUUAGAGCCGUUAUAAUUGAACCAAUUCGUGAGCUUGCUAUUCAGACUCACAAAGUGGUUCGAGAACUUGCACGUUUUACGGAUCUCAAAUGCGCAUGUUUAGUGGGUGGUGAUUUAAUUGAAGAACAGUUCGCAACAAUUCAUGCCAAGCCAGACAUCUUAAUAGCUACACCUGGUCGACUUUUACAUGUAGUUGUUGAAAUGGACCUUCGUCUUUUUUCUGUUCAGUAUAUAGUAUUCGAUGAGGCGGAUAGGUUAUUCGAAAUGGGAUUUUCAGAACAACUUCAGGAAGUUUUAGAACGUUUAUCUUUUAAUCGGCAAACUUUACUGUUUUCGGCUACUUUACCAAAAAUGCUUGUGGAUUUCGCCAAGGCUGGUUUGUCAAAUCCUAGUUUAGUUCGAUUGGACGUUGAUGAAAAAUUAAGUGAUAAAUUGUCUAUGAUUUUUAUAUCUUGUCGUGCAGAUGAUAAAACUGCAGCUUUAUUAUAUCUAUUGCGAUUCAUUAUAUCGCAUGACGAACAAACAAUUGUAUUUUGUGCAACGAUGAAGCAUGUUGAGUAUUUAGCUGCAAUUAUAAAAGAAGCUGGAAUGAUUUGUGUAUUUCUCUAUAGCCAACUUGAUGCAGUUGCCAGAAAAAUAAAUAUGCAGAAGUUCCGGAAUAAGGAAUGCAAAAUUUUGGUCGUAACUGAUGUUGCAGCUCGAGGCGUUGAUAUACCAAUCUUGGAUACCGUCAUCAAUUUCGAUUUUCCUCCAAAAGCAAAAUUAUUCGUCCAUCGUGUUGGAAGAGUUGCUCGUAUGGAACGUCAAGGCAAGGCUAUAAGCUUAUUUAGUGCAGAUGAAUUGGCCUAUGUUGCUGAUCUUUUCCUUUUCUUAGGUCGUCCUUUGAAAUUCGCAACCUUGGAUUCUGUUCAUUCUGAAAAAGAAGCUAUCAUUGGAGCUUUUCCCGACGAAUUCAUCGACGUGGAAGCAGAUUUUUUGCAUGGUAUACAUGAGACUUCAAUCGAAUUGGAACCUUUGAAAUUAGAUCCAGGAAUCUUUAAAGAAUUUAUCAAUGCAACAAAAAAAUAUAAAGCAACACGACAACAACCAUCUGCAGAAUCGGUGCGACGAACAAAGAAAGAAUUGCGUGAAGAUUUUGUAUCUGCUGCUACACAUCCAAUUUUUAAGACCGAGUUGCAGAAUGGUAAUGAACGACGAAGUCUUCUUUUAGAAUUGAACAAUUUUAAAACUUUUCAAGCUUAUGUACCAAGUGAUUUCGCCUCUGAACGUGCAUUAGCAGUAGAUCGUGGCUUUGAUGCAGCUAUCAAAGCUUCUGCUAUUGAUAUAAAUGCAGAUGAUGACACUGGUAUGUAUAAUCAGCCUAAGAGAAAGAUAUGGGAUCGCAAGAAAAAACGAUUUGUUGGGCCCGCAGGUGAUAUGGAGAAAAAAAAAGUGAGGACUGAAGAUGGAACAUGGUUACAUGCUAGUUAUAAAAGUGGACGCUAUGAGAAGUGGAAACAAAAGCAGAAAUUAAGGUACUGGGAAACAAAUGACAACAAUGAAGAGAUUCCACGCUGCACCAAUCGAAUUAAUCUGCCUUACCGUAGACAUUCAGAGCUUAAGAACGCCGAACAGAUCCUGAAAGAAAGGCGAAGAAAACAGAAAAUUAAGGAAUAUCAAGUUUAUCGAAGAAAGGAAAAUUUGAAAAAAAGCAAAAAAAUUUAA